AUGGAAGUUCGAGUUCGAACUUUGCAAGGCUGUUUAUUUUUGCUGCAGGCUAUCAGUUAUGAGGAUCUGAAGUCGGUAUUUUUGCUUCUGGAGUCAUUUCUACUGGAAAAUCUGCAAGCAAGCAGUGCAGCCUCACAUGAAUACGAAACGAUGUGCUGGACAGUUGGGUUUUUCUUUUUCGACAAUGCUUCGUAUUCAUCCGAAAAUUCCCGAGGCCUGUUCAUUAAUACAGUGUGUGAAAAUUUUGUUGCCUAUACCGCUACGGAACGGUUGAUGAAUUUUCUAACAGCAGGCAUUGAGAGGCUGAUUGUUGGCUCUCGAAUAUAUGUUCUCACCUUCAGUCGUAUUGCCGUUCAAUUGCUGGAAAAUUAUUUCAAUGUACCGCAAAAAUUCAUCUAUGCGCUUCGUGUUUUCAUUGCAUGUCUGUAUAGAGGCUUAGAGGAGGGGCGAGCACGCCGUUUGGGGACUCAAUCGUACGAUCCACGUAUUCAUCUGAUGGAGCAGCAUGCAACGAUUUUUAAAAUAUUGGCGGAGGGAGCUGAACAAGAUGCAGUGAGACUGAUGAAAGUUCUGCCGUAUCUGCUGAUUGAUUCGUUGAAUCAAAGCGAACUAAUUAACAGCAUUCUGAAAGAGCUCAUUCAUCGUUAUACGGACCGACCGCAUCCUCGAUCUGCUGCUAUUUUUACAAUUAUUCAUCAUGUGAGUUGUUCAAUCCGUUGUACUGUUACGCUGAUUUUAUGUAGAGUUUUCCUAGGAUGA